AUGCCCGCGCGCACAGGCUGUCCUACGGACACGCCAGAAAACAGUGCUGCUGCAGCGCCUCCUGGGGAAGAUGAGCCACCCCUAGUGCACAGCGGGUGCCGAGAAACUCCACCAUCGGCAACCGAAUCGGGGCCCGGUUUGCAGGAAGAAGGGAGCACUGGUACAGCGCGGACUCCUUCGGAGACCGGCACUGCCCUCGUCUCGCGCGGUGAGUCCCGGGCCGCGGUGCACCUCCGCUCGCCUGCCACGGUUCAGCACAGCACCGGCGCCCUCAUCCCCCUCAACCCAACAACACGGCGCAUUGCCGUCGGCAUCGCCAAGGCAGGCAUCUCCAUCGCGGAUGGCUUUCUUCUCUCCAGCAGCGCUGUCCUCAACCCGGUCAUAUCGGCGUCGUUCGUCGUUUACGAGUCGGUGAAGGUGGUGCAGGCGUACCGUCACGGCGAACUCACCUCCCUUGGCUAUCGCACCACCAAGGGUGACGUCGCCCUCCGCAUCGGAAAAGAGCUCGCCACUAUGGGCCUUGGUAUGGCGGUCGGCCACGGAGUGGGUGCCCUCAUCGGUCUCAGCGCGAUCCCUGUGGCUGGCCAGUUCGCUGUGGCGACAGUUCUGUCCGUCGGGCUAGGCGCCUGCAUCGGCACGCUUCUGACGCACUACGUCGAUCGUUUCAUGGUGCGUCUCCAGCUUCGCAACCAGUAUGGGUACCCCAUGGAUGAGCGCGGCACGCGCCGGCGGUUUGAGGUGCUGAUGGAGCGUCGCCACGACCUGUCCACACUGGAGACGUGCCGCGUUGUGCAGCAUUACGUCGACUACCGUGUGGCGAGCGGGUGGGAGAGCGCAAACGACCUGGACGACUACAGGGCCUCGGGCGACAUCACACGCAUGCCCGUCUCUCUGCAGCACUUUGCCGUGGUCCAACUUCAGCGAAAGUGGGGCUUCGUGAAGGAGCGGGCGCAGUGCCGGCAGAUCUACCGAGCCUUGUUGCUGCUGCAUCACCCGGAUCGCGGCGGGUCUACCGAGCUGGCGGCGCAGCUGAACAAAGACUUCGAGUUCUUUGCCUUCUGCCAGGGGUGGGACAGCGACUGCGCGUCCCUGCUGCGCAGUGCGCAAAGCAGUUCCGCGACUGCGGCACCCGCCGAUGGCGCCUCGCGGCGGCGUCGUGGCAGCGUCAUCGUGGACUACCUCCGCUCACUCUUCCGACCGACAACGAACUCGCGCGUCAGCGCCAACGACCUGCACCAGUUUGGCCUGCUGGCCUUGGAGGCUGGAACCCCGGCUGAGAUGCACCGCCGCGACGUCACUGCCGCGCUUUCCUCAUUGCCCGCCGCCGGCGCAGCAGGUGACGGGAGCGAUGAGGCGGGACCAGAGAAGUGCGGGAGUCUUGGCGACAUUGACAGCUUUAGCGACGGGGACGGAGACGAGUACGAGGACAUCGUGGCGGUGGCAGCGGUGCGCCAGCGCAGCGUCACACGUGUGCUGCGUGCCCUACACGAGGUCUACACGGCCACCGCCGAAGCCAUCACGUUUUCCGGGCUCAUCCAGGUCUCUGACGAUACAGAUCGGUGGUCCCAGCUGCACCAAGAUGUGAGCCUCUUUCAGCGACUGCAGUACUUCAUCUCCUUGCACGCCCAGGCACCGGCAGCGAAUAACCACCGCGAAGAGGCACAGUCGCUGGGUGCGAAGCAGUACAUCUUCCGCAGCUUCCGCUGGUCGACUGUGCAGGAGGCGGUGGCGAAACGGGAGGAGGCCCGCAGCGCCAUCGUCACCGCCGUCUUCACGCGGGAAACAAGUCAGCAGCUCACCUCCCUGCUGGAGCUGUGGCGCACCGCCAAGGCAAUGGCGGAGAGCUACUUCCGCGCCUGCCAGCAACGCGAGGCGGACGGUCGCCCAGCCACAAGCCGAAACGAAGACGAAGGUCGGCAGACGCUAGACGCACUCCUCCGCAUUCACACGCAGAUUGAGGCAGCUGGCACGGCAGCGCGGGAGCCGUGGGAGGGGCGCAUGGAGGAGUGGGCCACGCGGACGGUGUCAGGUUUUUCGUCCUUCAUGGAGGACGUGAAGGAAGUGGGCCUGACGGCGAGCAACGCCCUUGCGGCCGAGUACGCGGCCCACGUCUUUGCGUCUGUGCGGCAGCAGUGCAGCGAGUACUUCAAGGCAUGGAGUCGAAAGCAGGACACACUGCAAACUCUUCUGGCGGAACUGCAGCUGGAGUACAACGCACUGCGAGGUGCUGCGCAGGGAAGCAGCGGUGGCAGCCCGUCUUCAACGGCACCGGGUUUCGCCUGCGGUCCUGAGGCCCCAAAGCGAAUCGACGACUAUCAAACCCAGCUCCUCCUCCUCCACAAGCAAAUGGCGGAGGUGGACAUGGGCGUGGCAGAGUGGGCAAACACCUGUGCUGCCCACUUUCCAGAGCUCACGACAACGAUGCUUCAGCUGCCGUCCACGUGCGUUGAAAGCGUCGUCGGAAUGGGAAAAGACGGUCCCGCUGGCGGGAGCAGUCCGAAUGAGGCGGCUCUGCCAGGGCAUGGCUGGACCCCUCGCUUUCUCGCCUUCGAGCGUGAGCGCACCCUCCUCCACUACGCGCGCGUCGAGGUCGAGCCCGUGAACCCGUUUGACCCGUUUACCUCUCGGCUCCCUUCACACGACCCGUCCGACGCUGCUGAGUGGGAAAGGCAGGUGGUGAGCGGGGAGGAGAGCGACGCCAUUGGCGCACUCCUGCGCAGCUUCGAGGCAAACGAGGCCAUCGAGGACGCGGUCGUGGGCCGACACGGGGUCGGGAUGACGCUCCUUCAGGCGCUGUACAACGACCCACUCACGGGGGAAAGUACGCCGUGCUGGCUGAAACGCUACUCCUUUGCCGGUGUACAGAACAGGGAGGGCGUGGCGAGCCUUCGUGCUCUCGCACAGCGCAUCCUGGCUGAGGAGGUGGCCGUCUCAGCCGCGUGCAGCAGUGACUGGGUGGUAUCGGCUCGUGACAUCUUCUACAACCGCGAGCGUCACGAGAUCUUUGUGCACUACGUGCGUGGCGCGACACAGCAGCGUUUUCGUUCCGUCAACGACGUGCGGCGCCAGGUGGAGCCGCUCGGCCUACGAUGGUUGCACGACGUUCUGGAGUGCGUGGCGUGUCUGCACGCCUGUCAGCUCGCACACGGGCACAUCCGCCUCAGUGCCUUUACCUACGAUGAUUUCGGCAACACGGCCCUUGGCGUCUUCUACCCCACCUGGAAAGGCCUCAAUUCCGUCAGCCCCGCGCCAGCCGAAGAGCCCAGCGAUGCUGCCACGCCGGCGCCGAGCCUCACCGACCGCCAGCACUACGAUGUCAUUGACGUUGGCAUCAUGCUGCUUACGGAGCUGCUGCCUCUCUUCACGGCGCGUAGCGGCUCUUCCACCCCACCGCCUGCUACUGCGUUCUCCGCGCUGACUCUGUCACCCACCUCGAGACACCCGCCGCCUCUUCCCGGCUGCGGCAGUACGGAGGCGGACGCUGCCUCGGAUGACAUGGUGCGUGUCAUGGAAGCCGUUGCGGCUCACCUCGUAGGGAAGGAGGAACCGCGCUGGUCGCUGCUGGACGCACGACAGUUUGUGCGCCGUUUCCAGCAGCUCCGCUCUGGCGACCUCGCCAUCUUUUCGAAGCAGGUGGCGUACCCCGCCUCCUGGGCAAUUCGCUGUGCUGUACCACCGGUGCAGCUCGUCGCUGUGAACGCAACGCCGUUCCGCUUUCCAGCCACCCUAACGGCGUCAGCCGCCACAGUGCGAGUUUACCACAACCGCCAUGUCUCGCUAUGGGAGACGUACUGGCGGUGUCGGCACCAGAUGACCACGCUGCACCGCGGUAGCCACAUGCUCCCGUCCGUGGUCACGCAAACCCCUCCACUUCUCUUGUGCAGCGACGACUUCGAGGUACAUGAACGCUACCUAUGGUGCGCGUGCACACACGAGGAGGUGGCGUGGGAGCGCUGCCAAGACGGCUUCCGCUCCUUGCGACGCGACGCGACUCAGCUCACACUCGGCAACGAUAUGCUGCCCUUCUCGCUUGUCGCACCCUCAGUCCGUCCUGGCGGUAGUGCUGAACUGUGGGGUGUCAUCUGCCGCGCGACGCUCGGAACAACCCUUGAAGAGACGGAGGAGGAGUUCGCCGCUACGGAGAGCAAGACGGACAUGGCCACAGCGCAGUACAACAAGCUGUCAUAUGCUGCCCAGCGCCGUAGCCACCUCGUCACACGGCCGCACGCGAAGCAAGAACAACAGGCAGAGCCCCCGUUGGCAAUCUGGGUGCCAUCCCCGUGGGCCCGAUGUUAUCCCGAAUAUAUUGUCCACAUUUCGUGGCUGUGA